CGGUGUCCAGUCUUGUGCAAUGGCGAGGUGGUUUCCGUAGCUCCACUCCAAGCAAGGCAGCAUAGACAAGACAAUGUCGUCGAUGUCUGUGUCUAGUGAUGUGAGACUAAAGCCUUUCAUUAAUGGAGGGUUGGCAUCUCUCACUGCAGAAAUAGGGACUUUCCCUAUAGAUACAGCUAAAACCAGACUUCAGGUUCAAGGGCAAGUCUCUGAUGCAACUUGUAGUGAAAUCCGUUAUAGAGGGAUGGUCCAUGCAUUGUACAGGGUAUUCCGGGAAGAAGGCUUUAGGGCAUUAUAUCAUGGGUUACCAGCAGGACUGCUACGCCAGGCAUCAUACGGCACUAUGAAGAUAGGACUGUAUCAUUACUUUAAAACCAGAUUAGCUUUAUACGCAAAUGGUACUGAGACGCUUUACAUGAACAUUAUAUCAGGGAUUUCUGCUGGUGCUAUAGCAGCAGCAAUAGCCAAUCCUACUGAUGUACUGAAGGUAAGAAUGCAGGCUGCAACUUCUAUAGAGUACCAGAGGAGGCAAAAUGUAUUUCUAGCAUUUAUUAAAUUAUAUCAAAGUGAAGGUGUUAAAGGAUUAUAUCGUGGAGUUGGGCCUACCUCUCAAAGAGCUGCUGUAGUUGCUGGUGUUCUCUUACCAUCAUAUGAUUUCUUUAAGAAAAUAUUAAUUCAAUCAGGAUUUGAGGGUAAUGAUGUUAUGACUCACUUUGUUGCCAGUUUCUUGGCUGGUAUAUUGGGAGCUAUAGCAACAAACCCUAUUGAUGUAGUCAAAUCAAGAAUGAUGAAUCAAAAUACUAGCAAGGUUAAAUUACAUCACUUUUAUCAAAGCUCAUUCGACUGCUGUGUACAGACAAUUAAAACUGAAGGAUUUAUGGCACUCUAUAAAGGUUUCACACCUUCCUAUCUCAGGCUUGGUCCUUGGAACAUAAUUUUUUUUAUGACAUAUGAACAACUUCAGAGACUCUCUUUCACUUAAUAAUUGACACUUUAUUUAAUAAAAUACUACAAUCAUGUAUUCAUGUAUAAACACAUAAUUUUAUUGUUAAUAUUUAAGUGCUACAGCUAACAGCAAAAAACAAA